AGGUCUGGGUGCAGGUCCGGGCGCGGGUGCACACCGAGACCCCAGCGCUGCAGCCAGCACAGGACUGUGCAGUACCGGUGUACGGCUCCUCAGCCCCUCGCAGACGCCGUCCCCCAUCAGCACCCUUAAUUAGCGCCUGCAUUAAUUAGCACCCAGGCUGGCGGGCUCCGGAGGAGGCCUCACCGGCGGAGGGGGGACCGUGCCGGGGGGCCGGGUGCAGGAUUCGUGCCGGCCCCGCGCGGGAGGGCCGAGCCGCCCCAUCCCUCCUCCGCCGUACCGCCCUGCCUGCGCGGCGGGGAGGAGCGGACCGCCGAGCCGGGCCACCACCGCCGCCACCACCACCGCGACCCGCUCGCCAUGGCCCCGCGCCGCCGACACCCCUGACCCCCCCCGCCUCCAUGGGGGCCCUGGGGGUGCUGGGGCUGGGGGUGCUGCUGGCCUGGCUGCCCCCGGCGCCCGCCGAGACCUUCUCGGCCAUGCUGAGCAUCCGGCAGGCGCUGGGCGCCGAGGGACGUCUGCUCCGGCUCCUCCGCGCCUACCUGCAGCAGGAGAGCGACCGCCUCAGCGACCUGGCCCGGUUUUACAACAAGGUGCAGGCGCUGCACCAGGAGCCCGCGGCCUCGGUGGACAACCCCUUGCUGGCCUUCGGCCUCAUCAAGCGCCUCCGCUCCGACUGGCUCAACGUGGUCUACAGCGAGGCGGCCGGUGAAAACACACAGGAGCUCCAGACCGGCUUCGAGGCGCUGCGGCAGGAGCUGCCGGGGCCGGAGGACCUGGACGGGGCGGCCCGGGCGCUCAUGCGGCUGCAGGACGUCUACGCGCUGAGCGUCAAGGGCUUGGCCAAGGGCGUCUUCGAGCCCGCUGGCGCCCACUCGCCCCUCUACCACCCCGGCCAGCCCAUCGCCCUCUCCGCCGACGACUGCUUCCACGUGGGCAAGGUGGCCUACGACACGGGCGAUUACUACCACUCCAUUGCGUGGCUGGAGGAGGCCGUCGACCUCUUCCGCCUCUCCUACGGGAGCUGGAACACAGAGGACCGGGCCAGCCUGGAGGACGCCCUGGACCACCUGGCCUUCUCCUACUUCAUGGUGGGAAACGUCUCGCACGCCUUGAGCCUCUCCAGGGAGCUUCUGCGCUACGACCCCGGCAACCUCAGGGUGGCCAGGAACGUGGCGCAGUACGAGAAGCUGCUGGAGGAGCGGGAGGUCCCCGCGGAGCCGGGACCGCCGCGGCGCCCCGACAGCACCCGCCUGCAGACCCGCGACGCCUACGAGGAGCUGUGCCGGCGCCCGGGGACGCAGGUGCGGGGCGGCGGGUCCCGCGGCGGUCCUCGCCGCCGGCCCCCGCCGCACGCCCUGCCCGCUGCCGUCUCGCCCCCGCAGCACCCGCCGCCGAGCCUCCGCUGCGCCUACGAGACCCACGGCAGCCCCUACCUGCUGCUCCAGCCGGCCAAGAGGGAGACGGUCCGGCUGCAGCCCUACGUCGCCCUGUACCACGACUUCGUCAGCGACGCCGAGGCCGAGACCGUCAAGGCGCUGGCGGGGCCCUGGCUGCAGCGGUCCGUGGUCGCCUCCGGCGAGGAGCAGCAAAAAGCCGAGUACCGGAUCAGCAAGAGCGCCUGGCUGAAGGACACGGCCGACCCGGCGGUGGCGGCACUGGAGCGGCGCAUCGCCGCCGUCACCGGCCUGGACGUGCGGGUGCCCUACGCCGAGUACCUGCAGGUGGUCAACUACGGGCUGGGCGGCCACUACGAGCCCCACUUCGACCACGCCACCUCGCGGAAGAGCCCCCUUUACAGAAUGAAGUCGGGCAACAGGAUCGCCACGGUCAUGAUCUACCUGAGCUCGGUGGAGGCCGGCGGCUCCACUGCCUUCAUCUACGCCAACUUCAGCGUGCCCGUCGUCAAGAACGCAGCGCUGUUCUGGUGGAACCUGCGGCGGAGCGGCGAGGGCGACGGGGACACGCUGCACGCCGCCUGCCCCGUCCUGGCCGGCGACAAGUGGGUGGCCAACAAGUGGAUCCACGAGCACGGGCAGGAGUUUCGGCGGCCGUGCGGCCUCCGCCCUGAGGACUGAGGCCGGCGGGGGCGAAAAGCCACCCUGGUGGGCUUCAUCCGGGGCUCUCGCAGUACCCGGAGCAGCCCCAAACCUGGGGGAAAUAAAGCCGAAGGAGACUGAAACAGA